CAACUUUCGAAUUGCGGGUCAUUGCGAAGUCGCGAUCGUCGCGUUCGGAGACUCGCGUGGCCUGACAAAUAUUACGCGGCAAUUCGUUUUGAAUUUCAGACAGAGCAGAAUUCAUAGCAUCGGUCUACCGACUAGAACUUCCCUGCUUCCGGAACCACCACCCACCGAAAGUGAUGUACCGCCGCCAAUACCACGUCGACAUUCCGCUACCCCGGCGGUAGCACCACCGCCGAUUCCGCUGAGGCCGCCGGCGAUACCGAAGAGGAGCAAGAAUGAGAAACCUAUACCUCUGCAACCCACGGCCAGACAAGAUAAUCAAACGGCUCGUCGCAAGACGAGCGAUCCCACGUCCACACCUUCGUCAAUGAUGAAGUGGAACAACGCGGACUCGACGAACGAGAAACUCAUAGACCUGGAUCCUGCCAGAAAUCAAGAUCAGACGUCGCAGGAUUACUUGUUGAGUUACGGCGGGAAGGACGCGCGGGGAACGAACGAUUUCGUCGCUGAUUUUGAGCGGGCGAACUUCCGAGAAGGACGCAAGCUCGUCCAAAAGUCGAGCUUCGAGGAGCUCCAGAAGGUCUCCUUGGACCUCGAGAAAAGACUUCAUGAGAGAAUUAUUAAGAGCGCUGAGGCGAAGUUCGAGGAUUCGGGUGGCCGGGUGGAUUCUCGCCAGGGCACGCCCAACACAGCGCGGCGCAAUAGGCAGCAAGCGUCGAAGUUGGGGAAGGAGAACGAGCCCGGGAACUGCGAGCAGAAGGAACCGUCCGAGAGCAAGCCCAGGGAGGAGACGGCGUCAUCACAGAGGGAGAUGUUUCCCGAGUCGAAGUACACGACGACGAUUUUGGCCCGAAGUGAGGCGGAGCACGGCAGGUCGAAGUUCGAGGAACUGCAGGCGGCCUCGAAGAAUCUGGAGAGGCGUCUGCACGAAGACGACGAUUACCGACGGCGCCAGGAGAUCGAGAGACGGAUGAACAAGGACAAACCAGCCAGGUAUUUCGAAAGUCGAGAUCUCGGUAGACGUCGUCACGGCGAUCAGUUUAGAACACAGCAGCACCCGAUUGCGCGCACCAAAUACGAAAGUGACAUGGAAAGGGCUAGGAAUAUUUUGCAGCACAAUCUGAGGAAGGAGCGGGCCGCCGGCGAAAAACUCGAGAAACUGCCGAAGGCUACGCAAACGAACCUGCCGCCGCCGUUGAGCGCCAUUUGCCAGAGUCCCGUGCCGAAGCCCAUCAGCGUCCGGCAGGAUAGCAACGUCUCGUCCGACAGUUUCAGUCAGACCAGCUCGCCCAGCUACACCAGCAAGACAAUGGAAGCUCCCUUGCUGCCUCACAAGCACGGCAAAAUGCCAGACAGAGCUUUGGUGUCGGAACCUGACAACUCAUCCGGCAGGCCGAUAACGAAGUCCACGAGUACGCCAGCUAGUUUGCAGACUAUCGUCAGGAUGCACGCGGGGAACAACAAUUCCUUGCAUCACAAGAUAAUCAGAGACAUGACCAGCAGCCAUUACGUGACGACGGGGAGGCUGCGUUUCAAAUUCGUGCAAAUUCUGCUGAACGCGAUCGCUCUGUUGGCCAUCGCCGGCGGUUUGGCCGCAUACUUCAAAACGUAUCCCGACAUGAAGCUGGAGAACAGAACCGCUUACUGGAGCCUCAUACCGAUGUCCGAACGCGUGCAAAUGGUGACGGUGGACAAGAAUCCGGCCCCCGGAGUGUGCUUACCCAUCAUCGUCACCUUCUGUCAACACCACAAGAUUCCGUACAACUAUACCGUGUUUCCAAAUUACAUGGGCAAUUUCGGACAGCGGGACGCCCAGCACGAGCUGGAGCUUUACGACGCUGUCGUCGACGUCAGAUGUUACGAACUGGCUGCUCUGUUCCUGUGCAGCGUUUUCGUGCCGAAAUGCGGAUCCCAGGGUCACGUCGUGCGCCCAUGUCGCAGUCUCUGCUCCCAAACCAAGAGACGCUGCGGUUUCUUCCUCGAAGUUUUCGGCCUGUCUCUGCCGGAUUACCUCGAGUGCGAGCUUUUCCCGGAAAAUUCGAAUCCCGACGAGUGUAUCGGACAUCGCGAGGUGAUCGAGGCGGCGAAAAGGGCUGAGAAUCCCGUAUGCACUAGCGGCUUUCAAUGCGACGGCACGAGGUGUAUACCGUUCGAUUGGCGAUGCGACGGUCACAUCGAUUGCGCCGAUCGCAGCGAUGAGUCCGAAUGCGAGUGCGGCUCCUCCGACCAGUCGGUCCCGACGUCGGUGUCGGUAUCCAACACGUUCGGCAAGAUCAUCAAGUCACCCUCAGCGAAGAGCACCUCCUCCAAGACGUCGUAUCACUGCGGCGAGAAGAGGUGCAUGUCGGCCAGUCACAUCUGUAACGGAAUCAUGGACUGCCCUUGGGGCCAAGACGAGCGCUAUUGCUUGAAACUGAGCCAGAAAAACGGAGACAUUGGCGAGGGCCGGCUGGAGGUUUACCACGCUGAAGAGGGAAAAUUUAUGCCGGCUUGUAUCUCGCACUGGGAAGAAACGUCGGCGGAAACAAUUUGCACUAUGCUGGGGUAUACGAUCGCAGUGAGGACCAAGCUGCUAAUCGGAGACAGCAAUUUGACGCAGAUCGAGCAGUCGAGACCCGUGUACCACGGCAGAAGCUCCACUCUGUUGAGGGAGUUUCAAGGAUGCAUCAAGAAAGACGAGAGUUAUCCUACGGUUGAGCUUACCUGCUCCGAAUACGCUUGCGGCCGCAGACGUUCCGUUUACGGAAACUUGAGGAUUCAGAAGCGAAUAGUGGGUGGUGUGGAGUCAGCGCCUGGUGAUUGGCCGUUUCUCGCGGCCCUCCUAGGCGGCCCCGAGCAGAUCUUCUACUGUGCCGGAGUUCUCAUCGCCGAUCAGUGGGUCCUGACCGCGUCCCAUUGCGUCGGGAAUCAUUCGGACGUGUCGGGUUGGACGAUACAAUUGGGCAUUACAAGGAGACACUCUCACACUUAUCUCGGUCAGAAACUGAAAGUGAAGCGGGUGGUCCCUCAUCCAAAUUACAACAUGGGUGUUGCUCAUGACAACGACGUCGCAUUGUUCCAACUUGAAAAGCGGGUUCAGUUUCACGAGCACUUGAGGCCGGUGUGCUUACCGACUGCUGCCACCAAUCUCGCACCCGGUACCCUCUGUACCGUCAUCGGAUGGGGCAAGAAGAACGAUACCGACUCUUCCGAGUACGAACCGGCUGUGAAUGAGGUCCAAGUUCCUGUUCUAAAUCGACAGGUGUGCAAUGUGUGGUUGGCGCAUAAAGAGCUCAACGUCACCGACGGGAUGAUCUGCGCCGGUUACGCAGACGGAGGAAAGGACGCCUGCCAGGGUGACUCCGGGGGGCCGCUGUUGUGCCGGGACAAGCACGAUAAGGAAAGAUGGUUCGUCGGCGGGAUUGUCAGCUGGGGCAUCAAAUGCGCCCACCCAAAACUGCCCGGAGUCUACGCUUAUGUGCCCAAGUACGUACCGUGGAUUCAAAGAGAAAUGUCCAAGUAUUCCGAGAACGACAGGGACAAAUGGAAGGCGUCAUCGACUCGACCGGCUCAGUCUAACAUUCGGAUAGCAAAAUAAGCGACAUUGAAGCCACGUUAACCGGCGAGAGAAAAGAGAAGAAAAUAGUCAAUCAACAGGAAUAAACCAGGUCGGUAAGAAGCGGGGAUCAAGAACAAAGAUUUAACAAUAAGGCCAAUCGAGAGAAAUGCUUUUCUCAUAUCAGACAAUAACACGCACGUUCGUAUAAUUAUAUCACCACAGUAUACCAGAAAUGCAUCGAUAUUUAUGAUCUCUCGGUCGAUAGCUUAUCCACCGACACGACGUCACGUCGUUCCAUACGAUUUUUCGUAGGGGUACUUGACGAUAAACUCGCUCGCUCGACCUCGAAGGAAGAGAAAAACGAGAGGUACACAAUUGGAAAUAUACGUAAAAUAUACUAUUUCGUAAGCGGAGCCACCGACGAACGCCGAGGAUGUUUGCGUACACAAGUUCAAAUAACAAGUCAUUUUCUAGGAUGUUAUUAGGCAAAAAGAAAAAAAAAAGAAACAAAGAAUGAAUCAAAA